CUUCUCUCUCUCUCUCUCUCCCUCUCUCUAUAUAUAUUUAUUUAUUUUCUUUUUUUACCCUUUUGUUCUUCUUUCCUUUUAAUUACGUAUGUUGUCUGCUGGGAAUGAUUGGAAUCUGAAUCAAAGUGCAUAUUCCUUCUGGGUUGCUUGUAUAUACCCCUCUUUGUUUCGAGGUGUUUUGAUUUGAGCGAUUUCUUGAUGGGAGAUAGAGAGAGCUGUAGCAGCCAGCAGUCUGAGUGGUCGCCGGUUCAGAGCCGGAAAAGAAGGCAGAAGAUUGAAGUUUAUCAUGAAGUAUUAUAUAAAUUGAAGGAAUUGGAGGUUGAAGAGGCUGCCGAGCCAGGGUUUGAAGAUGAAUUGUGGGCUCAUUUUAGCAUGCUUACUCUUCGUUAUGCUCUGGAUGUUAAUCCCGAACGGGCUGAGGAUGUCCUGAUGCACAAGAAAUUGUUGAACAUGGCGCGUGAUCCUCUUACCAGACCUGCUGUUGAUGUCCGCCUUGUACAGUUUCGUCCCACCAGUGAUGGAAGUUCAAGCAAUUCUGUUCAUUCAAGCUUCACUAAAGGGGAGUAUGCUCUCCAGCAAGAUAGGCUUCACCCACCACCGGCAUUUGGUUUGUCAUCUCAUGUUGAACUUGCCUUCGAAGGAAAUGCAUCUGAAGCUCAAGAUGGGAACAGGUCUGUGUGUAGGGAAUCAAACUUUUUGGGGCCGUUGUAUGAAAUAACCAUUUCAACCAAAGACAAGCCCAAGCUCCUUAGUGAGUUGACUUGCUUGAUGUCAGAGAUCGGGUUGAACAUUCAGGAAGCUCAUGCUUUUUGCACGAUUGAUGGUUACUCCUUGGACGUCUUUGUUGUUGGUAGUUGGGAAAAGGGGAUCGAUCAUCUCAGAAACAUCCUCGUGAGGGAAAUUUCGAAUGUUCAGAAACAUCUGGGCAUCAAACAUGAGCCACUGUCCAUUGACGAGAAGAGCCCAAAUUGUUUCGCGUUACCGCCAAGCCGUGUGGAAAUUCCUUUCGACGGGAGCGAUGUAUGGGAAAUUGACGCUGAUUUAUUGAAUUUGGAGUAUAAGAUUGCUGAAGGGACGAACGGAGACAUGUAUAAAGGUAUGUUCCGUAGUCAAGAUGUGGCUGUUAAAAUUUUCAAGACCGAAAACCUUAAUGUAGACAUGCAACGAGAAUUCACUCAAGAAGUCAUCAUCUUGAGGAAAAUUCGGCACAAAAAUGUUGUGCAAUUUAUUGGCGCGUGUACUAGACCACCUCUCGUAUGCAUCGUUACGGAAUUUAUGUCUGGGGGAAGUGUAUACGAUUUCCUGCACAAAAAGAAGGGGGUUUUUAAGCUUCCGGCCAUAUUGAAGGUGGCGAUCGACGUUUCUAAGGGGAUGAGUUACUUACAUCAGAAUGAUAUAAUUCACAGGGACUUGAAAGCCGCGAAUCUUCUUAUGGACGAGAAUGAAGUAGUUAAAAUUGCUGACUUUGGUGUUGCUCGAGUGAAAUCACAGUCUGGAGUUAUGACAGCCGAAACGGGAACCUAUCGAUGGAUGGCUCCGGAGGUUAUCGAGCACAGACCGUACAACCAUAAAGCCGAUGUGUUCAGCUUCGGAAUUGUACUUUGGGAGCUUUUAACCGGAAAGAUUCCCUACGCAAACUUGACCCCGUUGCAGGCAGCCGUAGGCGUAGUCCAGAAGGGGCUAAGGCCGGCAAUACCAAGACACACUCACCCAAUGUUUGCAGAACUGCUCGAAAAGUGUUGGCAGCGAGAACCUUCUUUAAGGCCCGAGUUUUAUGAAAUUGUCGAGAUCUUACAAUCCAUGACCGCCAAGAUGUUGGAAGACGAUAGGGCUGUAAAGAAGCGAAACUUGGGAGAGCGAUAUCAUCAGCUCCCCGGCGAAUGGCAAAUUAAGCGUGAACAAAUUGACGGCGACAAUGUAUAAAGGUACCGUGUUUGGACAUAGAGCGCUACGGUUAUUCUAACCGUUUUAACCUCUAACCGAUAAAAUGUAUAAUUCGAGCUGAAUUUAUAACUGACUAUGUGCAAGAUUGUACAGUAUCCAUCGGUCCACAGUCGAGGCUUUUUUGUAUUUAAUAAAAUUAUCUAGGUUGUGUGUGUCUUUUUUUU